AUGACGACCCCAAGCAAGCGGCGAAAGAUAAAUCACACUCAGACCUCGCCACAGAAAUCUAAGGGAUUGGACUUCUUCUUCAACAAACAGAGGACUGUCAAGGACACCCUCCAGUCGCCAUCCUCAAGACUCGAGGAUACUAGCUCGCCAGAUGAGUCGCAGCAUAUCAUACCCGACGACGAGGACGGUUGUGACCUGACAGACGAGGCGCUUGCGCGCAAGUUACAAGCAGAAUGGGAAGAACAGGACAAAAGCGCAGGCUCUGUCGCUCGAUUAGGGAUUAAAGAGUCAGAAAGGUCUGCAUCGACUGCUGAUGGGACCCUAACGAAAGCUGAAGAUGAGCUGUCUGUUGAUAGCGCCGAUCAUGGGUCCAAGCAAAGGAGCGCGACUGGUCACGGCACUCUAAGUGUGGCGAAAAGUACCUCAAGAGACACGCUCUCAUUACAGUCUGCAGCUUCUUCCGAGGAUACUGUCUCCUCGACAGUCCCGUUUGAUGAAAGCCCGCUGUCUUUCGAUCCUUCGAAAUACAUACCGGGUCUCAAGGCUCAUUGGGCUACAGAGGGUGGCAAUGCUCUCUACGGUCUAUUGACUAGAUGCUUCGUUCUCGUGAAUAGCACUCAAAGUCGCAUCAAGAUCGUAGAUACGUUAGUGAACUUCUUACGGACUAUUAUCGAGGCCGAUCCUGAAAGUGUCUUGCCUGCCGUGUGGCUUACGACAAACGCGAUUGCGCCUCCGUUCGUCUCUCUGGAGCUGGGACUGGGGGGCUCAUCGAUCUCAAAAGCAUUGAAGAAAACAUGUAUGCUUGACAAUGCCGGGCUCAAAUCUCUGUACGAUAAACAUGGCGACGCCGGUGACGUAGCCUUUGAGGCAAAGAAACGGCAAAGCUUUACUUUGCGGAAACCGAAGCCGUUGUCUAUCAAAGGAGUCUUUGAGAGCCUCGUCAAGGUAGCGAACAGUAAAGGGACUGGAAGUCAAGAAUUUAAGCAGCGGAUUGUGGAGCGGUUGUUACAAGAUGCGCAAGGCGCUGAGGAGAGCAGGUAUCUGGUUCGAACAUUGUGCCAGCAUCUGCGCAUUGGCGCUGUCAAGACGACAAUGCUCAUCGCUCUGUCUCGUGCAUGUCUUCUAUCGCGACCUGCUGGUGCGACUUAUCCGAUCAAGGAACGAUUCGAGCUAGCAAAGCUCAAGAAAGACAGCUUAUCAGAGGUCUACAGCCGGGCUGAAGAAAUUGUGAAAGCUUCCUUUGCUCGGAGACCGAACUACAACGAUCUCGUACCAGGCAUGUUAGAGAUCGGGGUACAAGAUGAACUGGUGCUUCGAUGCGGGCUGGCUUUACACAUUCCCCUGAGACCUAUGUUAGGCAGCAUAACGAGAGAUCUUGGCGAGAUGCUUACUAAAUUACAAGGGCGUGACUUUAGCUGCGAGUUCAAGUAUGACGGUCAGCGUGCACAAGUCCACUGCGAUGAAAACGGCAGAGUUUCAAUUUUCUCGAGACAUUUGGAGGUCAUGACAGAUAAGUAUCCGGACUUAGUCGCCAUGGUGCCCGACAUCCGCGGUGAGAGCGUCAGUAGCUUCAUUCUGGAAGGUGAAGUCGUUGCCAUCGACAAAGUGAAUGGCCAAUUAAAGCCUUUCCAGGUUCUGACUAACAGGGCAAAGAAAGACGUCGCAAUAUCUGAGAUCAAGAUUGACGUCUGUCUAUUUUCUUUUGACUUGAUGUAUCUCAAUGGAGAGUCCUUACUUGAUAGGCCAUUCCGUGAAAGGCGGUCUCUCUUGCGCAGCCUGUUCGUUGAGGUUCCACAUCGUUUCACUUGGGUCAAAAGUAUCGACUCCUCGUCCGGCGAUUCAGAGACUGUACUUGAAUUCUUUAAGUCAGCCACAGAUCUCAAGUGUGAAGGUAUCAUGGUGAAGGUGCUCGAUAAUGCGCCAAAUCCUUCUCUUCAGCUACCUGAUGAAAGCCCAGAAGAGAUUGAACCCUUGGCUCUAGUUGUAGAGUACCCCAAGACAAAUAAACCAAAGUUGUCGUCUAGCAAGAAACUAAUAGCAGAAAAGACGGAGGAAAAGCAAAAGGGCACGCGACGCAAGGCGCUUCUUUCAACCUAUGAGCCCGAUAAACGACUUGACUCCUGGCUCAAGGUUAAGAAAGACUACAACACGUCUGCCGACACUAUUGAUUUGAUCCCCGUAGCUGCCUGGCAUGGUCAAGGCCGGAAGGCAAAAUGGUGGUCGCCCAUCUUGCUCGCCGUUCGAAACCCAGCCACGGGGAGCCUUGAGGCAGUGACUAAAUGCAUCUCAGGCUUCACUGACAAAUUUUAUAAAGACAACAAGGACCGUUACAACGAAGAAACAGGCGCAAAUCUUAUCAGUAGGCCUAGUUAUGUUGAAUACCCUGGUCACCCGGAUGUCUGGUUUGAGCCGCAAGAGGUUUGGGAGAUGGCAUUCGCGGACAUCACUAAAAGUCCAACCUAUGUUGCUGCCUUGGGUAUAGUAGAUGAAGAUCGAGGACUCAGCAUGCGAUUUCCUAGAUUUUUGAAGGUUAGAGAAGACAAAAGUAUUGAUGAAGCCAGUACAGCCGACUUCUUAGCAGAGCUAUGGUCAAAGCAAGAGGCCAAAGGCGAUGCGGCGAAUGGUAAGCCUGCAGUUCGAGAAGACGAUAACGAGGACGCCUGA